AUGGCAGACAAGCCGGACAUGGGGGAAAUUGCCAGCUUCGAUAAGGCCAAGCUGAAGAAAAUGGAGAGGCAGGAGAACACCCUGCCAACCAAAGAGACCACUGAGCAGGAGAAGCAGAGUGAAAUUUCCCAAGAACCUAGAGGAUUCCCCACCCCUGUCAUCUUCGAGACACCCCAGUCAUGA